AUGUACUCUGGUUUCCACCCCGCAGAACCGCCGCGAAGCAACGUCGAGGGAGGGUGGAACGGCGACUGCAGGACAGUUCGCCAAGCUCCAGUGUCGGCGGGUGGAGCGGCGCCCCCGGAGGGGGCCAUGUCUAACGGGGUUUACGUACUGCCAAACGCGGCCAACGGAGACGUGAAGCCCGUGGUGUCCAGCACGCCUUUGGUGGACUUCUUGAUGCAGCUGGAGGAUUACACGCCUACGAUCCCAGAUGCAGUGACUGGUUACUACCUGAAUCGUGCUGGCUUUGAGGCCUCAGAUCCACGCAUAAUUCGGCUCAUCUCCCUAGCUGCCCAGAAAUUCAUCUCAGAUAUUGCCAAUGAUGCCCUACAGCACUGCAAAAUGAAGGGCACAGCCUCGGGCAGCUCCCGGAGCAAGAGCAAGGACCGCAAAUACACUCUAACCAUGGAGGACUUGACCCCUGCCCUCAGCGAGUAUGGCAUCAAUGUGAAGAAGCCGCACUACUUCACCUGAGCCACCCACCCUAAUGUGCUUGUCUGUCCCCAUGUCCCCACACCAGCCUGUUUUCAUAAUAAACUUUAUUGUGACAGGC